AGCGGUUGAAGUCGCAGCCUCUUCACUCCAUGUUUGGCCCUGCCCUCGUGCGCUCCGCUCGCUGUGCAGCGUGUGUCUCGGUUGCAUUUGGCUUCCCUCACACUGACGCGAACACACACGGACUACCGCUGCCGCCGCCGCCGCUGCUGCUGUGUGUGUAUGGGAGAAGUUGUUGGCACACAGGGAGAAAAAGAGAAAGAGAGAGAGAGGGAGAGAGAAAGCACCAGGUAGCAGGACACGGAUUUCUUCAAGAAGGGGGCACGCGGGAUCUUUUUUUUUUUUCUUUUUCCGAGGGGACGAUAUGAAGCUUUACGCAAUGAGGUGGACGUACCAGAAUCUAAAGUGAGGAGCGUUGUUUUUAUGUCUUUAUUUUUUCUUUGCACGAACAUCUAACAUCCUGCCCGCUGAUUCCUAUCAGGAUUUGUGUUGUUGUCUUUUUUUUUUGGAGUAUUUCCCCCCCAGUGCAACAUCACCGAGGAUUGCACUGAUGUGUGCGAUGUGGAGACUGCAGGUCGCCUUAUGUACUCUGUCGGUGCUGCUGUCCCUGUCAUCUGCUGGAGAAAGCAAAGCGCGGAGCUGUAGCGAGGUUAGACAAGCUUAUAACCUUAAAGGAUUCAGCCUCGUCAAUGUGCCUCAUCAGGAAAUAUCAGGUGAGCACCUGCGUGUCUGUCCUCAGGGAUACACCUGCUGCACAUCUGAGAUGGAGGACAAACUCCACCAGCAGAGCAAACAGGAGUUUGAGAUCCUGGUGGAGGAGAGCAGCAGGGAUAUGAGGGCGACGUUCAUCUCCAGGCAUAAAAAGUUUGACGAGUUUUUCUUGGAGCUGCUGGACAAUUCUGAGAAGUCUUUCAACAGUAUGUUCACCAAGACGUACGGGAAGCUGUACAUGCAGAACUCAGAGGUGUUCCAGGACCUGUUCACUGAGCUGAAGCGCUACUACACAGGCGGCAACGUCAACCUGGAGGAGAUGCUCAACGACUUCUGGUCCCGGCUGCUUGAGCGCAUGUUUCAGCUGCUCAACUCGCAGUACCACUUCACAGACGACUACCUGGAGUGUGUCAGUAAAUACGCGGAUCAGCUAAAGCCUUUUGGAGAUGUGCCCAGGAAACUGAAGGCCCAGGUCACCAGGGCUUUCAUCGCAGCACGGACGUUUGUGCAGGGGCUAAUGGUGGGGCGGGAGGUCGCCAACAGGGUCGCCAAGGUGAAUGUAGUCCCAGCCUGUGUCAAAGCCUUGACAAAAAUGCUGUACUGUCCGUACUGCCGCGGCAUGCCUGGCCUCAAACCCUGCCACAACUACUGUCACAACGUCAUGAGAGGCUGUCUCGCCAACCAGGCAGACCUCGAUGCUGAAUGGAACGUCUUCAUCGAUGCCAUGUUACUGGUGGCUGACAGACUGAAGGGGCCCUUCAACAUAGAAAGCGUCAUACAGCCGAUCGACAUCCAGAUCUCUGAUGCCAUCAUGACCAUGCAGGACAACAGCAUGACUGUUUCAGCCAAGGUUUUUCAAGGAUGUGGCCAACCAAAGCCAUCAGGAAUAGGCAGAUCUGCUCGGGGCAUCUCAGACGUGUUCAGUGCUCGAUUCAGACCCUUCACCCCUGAAGAGAGACCAACUACAGCAGCUGGAACAAGUCUCGAUAGACUGGUGAUAGACAUCAAAGAGAAGCUGAAGGAGUCCAAGCGGUUCUGGACCAACCUGCCAGACGACAUCUGCGCCAAAGGCAAGCUGACUGAGGAUGAUGAGGAGCACUGCUGGAACAGCCACACGAAGGGCAGAUAUUUCCCUGAGGUGGUGAAGGAGGGCCUAACCAACCAGCAGAACAACCCUGAGGUGGAUGUGGAUAUCACCAGGCCUGACACACUAAUACGACAACAGAUAAUGGCUCUGCGUGUCAUGACCAACAAGCUAAAGAAUGCUUACAAUGGAAACGACAUCUACUUCCAGGACUCCAGUGACGAGGGCAGUAGUUCUGGCAGUGGCAGCGGCUGCACCGAUGGCUGCACGACAGAGUUAGUUUUUGUUGGAACAGAAGCUCCAGUGAUCGGAGCUGACAGAAGUGAUGAACGAGCAGCAGCAGCAGCAGCAGGAAAGUCACUGUCCCGCGGACCCUCCCUACUGCUGGUGAUGUUUGCCCUCACACUCUGGGCAAUGCAGACUCAAUGGAGAUAAUACACGGGUGUGGCCUGAUCACUGACUUUAAUACUGUUGCAUACAGUAUGUUUUUUAACAGCAACUUUUACUGCUGUUCCCUCACUGAACAUGUAGAACCUCCUGGAAACCUGUGGAGAACGGCUAACUGUGUGAGAUGGUUCGACUGGAAGUAAGUGCAGUGCUGCAUCCUGCUCGUCCCCCAAAGAAUGCUCGGUGCCAUCACUGAACCAGCUUUCAUGUCUCUGAAUAAAAAAGAAAAUGUGGUGUUUUCUCAUAAAUCUAGAGUGGGAUUGGAAAAACAUGCUUCUCUUUAAGACAAUGAGAACAACCAAUCUGAUAUUUCAGAUGAAGGGAAUCUAGUUUUCCUUUGUAUGAUGAAGUUGUGAAAAUGAUUUUCCCUAUGUGUCUUGUCCCCCUCUGACAGAAGGAGAAAGUCUUGCUGUGUGCAUGCAUGGAAAUGAUGUUAUCUGGAGAAAAAAGUUUUCCUUUUCAGUUAUUUUUUCUUUAUUUUAUGCAGGCAACACAGAUUUUGGAUUGGUCAGCACAGGAUUGUACAGUGGUAGCAGUUCACCUGGUUUCCUGUUUGGUUGUAUCAGUGUGGCUUCAGGAGACAGCAGUUCUUAUAGCCACUUUAUAGUUGCACAUUUGAUUAUCUCUGAAGAAGUGCCAAUGUACGGCACUGGGAGAAACUACUUUGCACAGAUUAUUUUUGUCGGCUUAUAAGUUUAUAAAGCUACCAGAAAAACAUGCAGCCCAUAGAGAGAGCAGAUCUAUAUUUUCAGAUCAUUUAACUGAUUGUAUUGUACUUAUAAACAGUUGCAGUAUGUAUUUCACUGGGAGAUAUACUGUAAUGUAAUCUUGCUGGUUUAGUUAAUGGCUACAUUUUUCUUAAUGCAUUAUUUGAUUUUACAAAUUAUUUGAUCACCUGUAAAAUUAUAAAACAAGAGCUUCUGCAACAACCCUAAGCCAUUAUACAGCAAAGCCUGCUAAUGAUAUCAGUUACCUGAUUUACCUGCUUCAGUUUGGGUACAUAAGAUGCAUUUUAACCAUUCAUAUAUUUCUUUUUAUUUCUCAGAGGACUCUGCACAUACAUGUGAUAUUACUUUUAUGUUUUUAUAUGUUUCAUUUAUUUUUUUGACUCCCAUGCAUUAUUUGUGAUUUUUUUGUUGUAUCCAUAUUACCGGUUUCGGUCACUGCGUGGAAGGUUACAUACUAGUUCUGUGAGCUUGUAAAAAGAUCUCUGAUCAAACCUGCAUAUUUGCCAACUCACAUGUCAUUGUGCAGCCCACACAUUUGAACAGACCCAUCACCCCUACAGGCUUUGGGUAAUAUAUAUUUUCCUACAAAGUCAGCAACCCACAAAAGCUGCAUAGUUUCAAGGUUAAAAAAAUCUUACUGUAUUUGUAGGACUAAGGGGACUUUUCAUGACCUUCUUUAUUCCAUUUUCUAAAGGUUUCAACCUCCAACAGGCUGCAGAGGCUCAAGGAGCAAUUGCUUGCACUCCAACAAAACUGGAUGGCCCUGACCUCUGGUCACACAGAAAAGGUCUCAGAGAUGUUCUCUAGAAGCACAUGUGGGGCAAAUCUCCAGUAACACACAGAAAGGCAGAAUAUUCUUCACUGUGCUUGAAGGAUCCAAUCCACUCAACUCCCAAGGACCUGAAAUCCUUUCAUAUAGCAUAUAAAGAGUCUUUUGUCUCACCAGGGGAUAUUCCCUUUCCCCACUGAUGUAACAAAUGCCGUGAGCAUCUCAAAGAGACUGCACUCUGUAUGUAGCAUACUAAAGCAAGCAUGGGAAACAAGAGUUUCCCCUUCUGUCACCAGCCUCAAUGUGGAGUGGAAAUGGAUCAAGCUUCAAAAUCCAAAACCUGAACAAAACACCUGAUCUUAGGCCAACAUGGCAGGCUACAGUGAAUUGAAGUUUCGAAGGACCCUUCAAAUGAGCAAACAAAAGAGUGCAACUUUAACUGAGGAUAAAGCUCACACCAGCACCACGGGUGUCAUCAGAGAACUCAUCUUGAAAGAAAUCUGUCCUCAGUGAGGCCUUAUGACUCACAAGGGAGACUCAGAGGUAUAACAGGAAGCUCCCACUGCAGAACAAAUGGGAACACAUUUGGCUUCUGAUGCCUCACUCCCUGCUGAAAGCACUUUAGAAGAAAGUGACUGAACAGCAGCCUCCCACCAAAAUCAUCAGGCAGUAAAAUAUAUGAUGCGUAAACCUUAAUUAUGAGCUGCAAACGCCCUGCAAACAAAACUUUAGAAAACACUGAACUGUUCAACACAAGGUCAUCUCAAAAGUCAGAUGAAGAUUUGAUGUCGUUAGAAACGACGAAGCUGCAAACUGAGGCAGGGUGGAACGAUGUGUCUGGGAGAGCUGCAGGUGUGAGGCAGGGCCGGUUUUAGUCAUUUGGAGGCCUAGGGCAAGGACCAAUAUGAGGCCCUCCCCCUUUAGCUAAAAUCAUUAAUAAUGAGUGGAAAAAAUAGAAAUGAUCUCUUUUAAGCUUACAGAGCCAGGAAACUACAGUACAUUUCCAAAUGUGAGAUAUAAAUACCCAAAUAGCCAACCAUAAUUCAUUAGAUCUAAAAAACAUCUCAUAGCUCAAACUCUGCACAAUGUGAUAUUUUAUUAAAUCCUUAGACCAAGUGGAACUUACGCAAAUAAAAAAAUAUAUGCCCAUUAUCAGUGACAUACCCUUUCUUUAACCUUGCAAAGCAGAUGGAUUUGCCAGUUUCCGUGUUUCUUACUGGCAAAUCCAUCUUGCAAAGCUCCCAUCUGAACAGUUUGGGCCCCGUUAUAAAGUGACAGGAGUCAUGAGUCGUGAUGUAAGCAAGCAGCAACAAGAGGCUGGUGCAAUUAUGGUGGAAGACAUUAGCGUGGAUGCUGCUAAAGCACCAGCUUUAUCAGAACUUGAUGACAUUUCUUCAUUAAAAGA